CGGCCUUCGGAGCGCCAGCACAGACGGGCACGGAGAGACGGGGCAGCGUGGGCGGCUGCUGUUGGUUUCGCGGUCGUCCCGCUUUGCUCGGUGGCGCGGAGGCACGCCCCGAGCGGGCGGAGGGCGCGGCGGCGCGCGCGCGCUCCCGGUGCCCUCCCCGUGACGUGCCUGGCCAGGGCCGCGCUAGGGCGCUGUAACUGCCAGUGCCGCUGUCAUGGCGUCGGAGGCGCUGGCUGAGGAGAGCUGGCCGCAGUCUCUAUAGAGCGAGGGGCGGGCGGCCGGGUAUGGAGAGCGGCCCCGAGAGCCUGCUGCCGCUAGAACACGGGGUGGCGGCCGGGCCAGCGCCGGGAACAAGUUCUCCGCCGGAAGGACUGCAGGAGACCAGGCUUGCCGCUGGGGAUGGUCCUGGAGUAUGGACGGCGGAGAACGGCGGCGGGAAUGGGCAGGGGGCGGUGGCUGCCAGAAGCCCCCCAGACUCGGUUUCUCCCACGGACUCUCCUCAGUCUCCUGGACUCUACAGCUCCUUCCCGGGCUUGGACUUAAAGGAGAGCGUUUUGGAGAGUCCUACUGCCGCUAAGGCACCUCUGAGAGGGCAGCACAAGGUGACCGCCUCCCCCGAGACAACCGAGUCCGGAGCGGGCCAUGGUUCAGGUCCGGCCGGAGACUCGGGGACCCUCCCGGAUCCUGCCGGCACCUGCAAAGCAGAGCUGGGGGCCGCCGGCUCCGAGGAGCCCCGCAGCGCCGGCGGCCUCAGCAGCAGUUGCAGCGACCCGAGCCCUCCUGGGGAAUCGCCGAGCCUGGACUCCCUAGAGUCGUUCUCUAACCUGCACUCUUUCCCCAGUAGCUCCGAGUUCAAUAGUGAAGAGGGAGCCGAGAACAGGGUCCCUGAGGAGGAGGAGGGCGCGGCAUUGUUGCCCGGGGCUGCCCCUCUGUGCAGAGAGGAGGAGGAGGACACUGCUCAGGUGUUGGCAGCCUCCAAGGAACGCUUCCCGGGACAAUCUGUGUAUCACAUCAAGUGGAUCCAGUGGAAGGAAGAGAACACACCCAUCAUCACCCAGAAUGAGAAUGGACCCUGCCCAUUGCUGGCCAUCCUCAAUGUUUUGCUUCUGGCCUGGAAGGUGAAACUUCCACCAAUGAUGGAAAUCAUAACUGCUGAACAACUGAUGGAAUAUUUAGGAGAUUACAUGCUCGAUGCAAAGCCAAAAGAAAUUUCAGAAAUUCAACGUUUAAAUUAUGAACAGAAUAUGAGUGAUGCUAUGGCAAUUUUGCACAAACUUCAGACAGGCCUGGAUGUAAAUGUAAGAUUCACUGGUGUUCGAGUGUUUGAAUAUACACCGGAAUGCAUAGUGUUUGAUCUUCUUGAUAUUCCUUUGUAUCAUGGGUGGUUAGUGGACCCUCAGAUUGAUGACAUUGUAAAAGCUGUUGGUAACUGCAGCUACAACCAACUAGUGGAGAAGAUCAUCUCUUGUAAGCAAUCAGACAAUAGUGAGCUGGUUAGUGAAGGCUUUGUAGCUGAGCAGUUUCUAAAUAAUACAGCCACUCAACUGACAUACCAUGGAUUAUGUGAACUAACUUCAACCGUUCAGGAAGGAGAACUUUGUGUGUUCUUUCGGAAUAAUCAUUUUAGCACCAUGACCAAAUACAAGGGUCAGUUGUAUUUGUUGGUAACAGACCAGGGGUUUCUUACUGAAGAAAAAGUUGUUUGGGAAAGCCUGCACAAUGUAGAUGGUGAUGGAAAUUUCUGUGACUCUGAAUUUCAUCUGCGGCCUCCUUCAGAUCCUGAAACUGUAUAUAAAGGACAACAAGAUCAAAUAGAUCAGGAUUAUCUUAUGGCUUUAUCACUACAACAAGAACAGCAGAGUCAAGAGAUCAACUGGGAACAAAUCCCAGAAGGAAUCAGUGAUUUGGAACUAGCAAAGAAACUUCAAGAGGAAGAGGAUAGACGGGCUUCUCAAUACUAUCAGGAACAGGAACAAGCGGCAGCAGCUGCUGCUGCUACUACUGCUUCUACACAGACCCAGCAGGGCCAGCCAGCACAAGCCUCUCCAUCAAGUGGAAGACAAUCUGGGAACAGUGAACGGAAACGAAAGGAACCUCGAGAAAAAGAUAAAGAAAAGGAAAAGGAAAAGAAUAACUGUGUCAUUUUGUAACAAGUACUAAAUUCUCCUGGAAUUACCUGUAUGUGUUGAGAAACAAAACCACAGGAGGAAAGGAAGAAAACCUGAUAAAUACCGUCUGUGCCUGAUUUCCCAAUGGAUUUUGUUCAUGUUUUUCAGGGGAAAGGUUGUUACUUUGUUACAAUCAAACUUCUUCAAGUCAUACAAUAUACUCUUUAUGAGCUGGAGUUUCAUGUUACAAGUUGGAAAUGCUGUGUUGUCAUUCAUGAAGAAUACUGCACUUGUAGCCAAAUAAGCAAAUCACAGCGAAUUUUGUGUCAUAGUGACAUUCAUAACUCAUAUCAGUUAGUAAGCUAUUUUAUCUUCUAACGAUGAAUGGAGGUAUUUGAUUUAGUCUGAUUCCUUCCUGAAAUCUAAGUAUUAGCACAAUAGUUUCUGAAAUUUUUGCAACAUUAAAUUAUGAUCUAAUCCAUGAGAAACCAGGGGUUUAAUAUGGGAUUUAAAAAGAAAAAAGUACAAAAAAUAACAGGAAUAAAUGAUCCUUAAUUGUAUAUUGGACUAGUUCAGCCCUUGAACAGCUUUACCUUUCUUUAGUAAUGUACAUUUUAGAUAUUAUCUUAAGAACCAAUAAUGGAGCUUGGAUUUAAUUUAGAUAGAAAAAAAUAAAGAUUUGUAUUUCUUUUCCAAUAGCAAAAAUUUACAUAACACUAAUAUUAUAACCUAUCCAAAUCAGAUAUUAAUGACUUUGUAGUGUUGUGAAAUUUUGAGGAAUUUUGAAGUCUUUAAGUAGGUAACCUGGACUGUAGCUACUAUUUAUUAACAAUGUGACAAGUGAGUUUAAGGAGGAAACCACAGUGGAUGCUAGGCCUUGUAAAUAUGAGGGUAUAGAAAAGCAGAUAGUUCAGUGUCUACCUUUUUCUAGAAUAACCUUGAACCUUAAAUUUUAAAUCAUGUUUAUUACUAGAAAAUUAAAUUUACUUAUUAAAACCAACAAAAAAAGCACAUUUCUAUGAGAAAGUAAAAGAUAAUCUGAGUCUAGUGAAAGACGUUAAUAAAAAUGAGAGUAGAUAAGAGUUUAGAGGAAUUUAUGUAAAAGCAAGAAGAUUUUUUAACUUAUGAGAACCAAAUAAACCUAAAACAUCUUACAGUGUUUAUAGAAUUCAGAAAAAAUAUUUAUUUAACUUUAUUAUGAGGCAACACAUAUUUUCCUGUAUUUCUAGAUAUAGUUUGGACAACUAUCCUUAAUAAUCCUUUUUAUAUGCUUUAUAUUUAAAGUUUGUUUUAGUCAUUUUUGAAAAAAACUGCUGCUGCAAGUAGUGUAUAAUUUACAUUCUGAGCCUCAGAAAAUUUGUUUAAGAACAACAUAACAUGACCUGAGCAUCCACUUGGAGAAUAUUUCUUGUGGUCUGGGUGACAAAAGAAUACAAAAAAAAAAAAAAAAAAAAAAAAGUCUAGAAUUUUUUUUUUUUAAUGUUAUAUCCUUAACUUUCUCUGUGAUCCAAAACCAGUUAUAGGAUGAAUCUAUAUGUAAAAAGUGUUAUUUAUAGAAGGAAUUAUUCUAAGGGGAAAUAAAUCCAGGGCCAAGCUGUAUCUUUUAUAUCCUUCUAUUUUGCAUGUCUAUUUGUGUUACAUAAUUUGUUAUUCCUUCAGACUUCCUACUAUAGAAUGAUAAAUCAUCAGAGAACCUGUUUGGGGUAUAAAACUUAGAUAUAAAAUAUUUGGUGAGUCUCUUGGUUGUUACCCAGAAUAUCUAGACAUUGGUAAAGUAAUCAGAUGUACUAUAGAACUCUCCAUUGGCUAAAGCAAGUUGACCUUAAUCCAAGUUUACUCUUGAUAUCACUUGGUGGAAGGAAAGUUCAAACCUCAAGGUUUGUUCUUUCCAGAACAGAUAGUAGUGACAGUGUAUUAUAUUUUAAUAAAAAAAAAAAAAAAAAACCUUGGAUAAUUUACAAAAGUAUAUUUGAGGCAUAUUUUUCCAUAAUUAUAUACUUACCUAUUUAUUACCCUUGAAGAAUAUAUGUGUAGAAGUUAUUCUUCUGUUGUUUGUUCCUAUCAUCUUAAUUUGUUCCAAAGAUAAUACUGCCAUUCUGCAUUCCCUCUAGAAGAAAAAAAAUUCACUCAAAACCAGCAGUGCUGCUAUCAGAUAAGUAGAUGUCAAUGUGUACUUAUGAGAAAAAACUUUAAAAAUAAUGCAGUGUGUUUGUUAAUUCACUCUUUUUCUAUGUAAUAUUUCCAACUCAGACUUUAUUACAUUCCUGGAAUUCAGUUUGAUAUACCAGUAGUAAUAAUGAUUAAAUAUUUGCUUUGAUUACUGUGAGGGAAAAUUAAAUAUUCAAUUCUAUUAAAAUUAACUUCUCAGAGAUACUGCUGUCCUUGCAAAUAUAACCUUAAAGGUUAUAAAGAAUCUAGAGCAUUGUAUCUUUAUUUUAUUUUGCUUCAGGUAACAAGUUAUACAUUCAGGCAUUUCAUUGCCGGUUUGCAUUCAUAGGAAUUUGAUAGUAUUUUAAAGCAGUUUUUUUUUUUUUCACACUAUUUUGUAAUACUUGACAUUGUUACAUAUACUGCUACCAGAAAUUAGAAUUUAAACCUUUUUGGUUUCAAUAUUUAUAGGCUAGAUUACAGGCACAUUUGAAUCAACCAAAUCUCUGUUAGAGCUGGCAAAAGAGGCAGAUGAAGCCGGGCAUGGUGGCACAUACCUGUAAUCCCAGCGGCUCUGGAGGCUGAGGCAGGAGGAUUACGAGUUCAAAGUCAGCAAAAGUGAGUCACUGAGCAACUCAGUGAGACCUUAUCUCUAAAUAAAAUAGAAAAUAGAGCUGGGGAUGUGGCUCAGUAGUUGAGUGCCCCUGAGUUCAAUCCCUGGUUACCCAUCCCACCUCCCAAAAAAAAGAUGAAUGAACGGUCACCAAGCUUUCAUCUUGCUUUUGAAAAGAGUAUUCCUUAAGUUUUUAUUAACAAUACGAAUGUUUUCUUCUUGUCAAAUCCUAUUGCAUCAACAAUGCUGUGAUGUACAGUAAUUUACAAUACUUAAAAGCACUUAUUGCAUGGGCACAUGUGUGCAUAUUUCCAAAGCAAGACUUAGCUUCUCAAAGCAAUUUGGGAUCGUUCCCUCAAAUUUUAAAAUCACCAUUUUAAGGAUAUUCACACACCUGGACUGGGAAUAUGGCUCUGUAGACUGCCUAUAGACUUAGAAUAUAGUGUCAGAGUGCUUGCCUAGCAUGCCUAAGGCCUGGGGUUCAAUCCCCAACCCUACAACAAAAAAAGGAAAAGGAAAAAAAAAGGAUAUACACACACGUGAAUUUACACAGACUAAGCAGGAUAGUGUGAAGCAACUAAAAUCGGCAUUAGCUGUAUGCCUAUACAGUGUACUUAGGUAAAGUAACUUCCAUGUUUCAAGUUAGUAUGUGAAUGAAGCUGAGAUUUAAAUCUGGAAUUAGCUUUUGGAAUGUAUCUUGUUUUUAUUGUUUUAUAUUUCUUGCACUUGACUGCUUAUCCCAUAUUAUGUUUUGAAUUCUUUCUCAUACUUCUUGAUUUUGGCUUAACAAAGUAAGUUAGUAUCAGAGAUUAAUUGACUGAACUUAACAUUAACCAUUUUGUACUUAGUCAAAACCUUCUUAGCAUUUUGUUUUCAAUGAAUAAUAAACUAAGGUAACUUCAGUGAUAAGAGAUCUUGAGAGGAAAGAAAAUUAGAAUGCAAACAUUUAAGACUGGUUGUGGUCCCUACAUUAAUGUUGGCAUAUGAAACAGAUAGUUGUAAAAUCCUGCUGGAGAAAAAUUAAGACAAGAAUUUCCAGAACUGCCCUCAAAAUGUCUCAUUAAUUUAAAUUUCCUUUAAAAAAGUAAAAACCAAAUCAAUUAUAUUUUUGCUUAACUUUAUUAUUCAUUGUACCAGUUAUUUUAAAAAAUGAUGGAAAGCUUUAUAGGUUUUACCUAUCACAGUCGUAGGCAUACUGGAAACUUACUAAUGUUUAAUAAAAUAAUAUGAAGUCACUAAAGACAGUCUAUAAUUUUGUAUUUAAGGAACUGGACAUGUAGAAUUCUGGAUCAUUUUAUAUUUAAAAAUACAACUUUUUGUUUUGCCUUGGGCAAAGUUUCUGUGCCUCAGUUUACUCUUUAAAUAAAUAAUGCCCUUUUGCACUCUCCCUCACUCACUCUCUUUCUCACUCUUCUUAGUGCUUUGCACUCCUGAAUAAAGGGAAUAGUAUGAGCACAAAAUAUUACUUAAAUUAUCACAGAUCUUACACAUCUUUGUCUUGGAUGCGCAGACUUUCUCCAAUGACAAGUCAUUUUUUUAGUCCUGUCAAAAUUUGUUGAAUUAUCUUGUCUUUGAGUAUGGCAUCAUGUCUUCCCAAAAUGUAUUUUGCAGCUGCUUUUCUGUUCUGUAGUGUCGAAUUCAAGAGCAUUUGAGAAUUAUAAAAAGCAUUUUAAAACCUAUUUUUUCCAAUAUUUUUCACAGAUCUAAAUGUUUGAUUAUAUUUGCUUUUUUCUCCAUGUUAUAGAAUAAAAUGCUAUCACAUUACUGAUAUAUAUUAAAACAUUUGCAUGGGUGGAAUUGAUUCGAAUCUUUCAAAUACUGUCGUUUUAGGGGUAUUGAUGUUACUUGUGUUUUUUAGUGUAAUAUGUAAUUUGAGGAUGUGCAGUUAUAUUCAUUCUGAAGGUGACUGAAAAUAGUAAAGGAUCAACACUUUUAAGACUAUUAAGAAAACAUUAUGAGAAAUUAGUUACUUUUCUCAGGUGAGAAUUUAAAAUAUACUAAAUUUUAAAAUUAAAGAUUUCCUGAACAAAAUAAAUUGCAAAAUAGAGAAGAUGAAUGUGAGGGCAAAUUCAGGUUGCUAGAACUUAACUUAUUUUAAAGAUCUAUGUAAGUUUUAAUUCAUGCAUGUCUCUUAGUUAAUCUUGAUGUUUUUGCCAUUAGAAAAUAGAAUUCAAUAAAGUGGUAUAUACAUAAAUAUUUUUACAUGAAGGACUUUAGUUUCUAAUUUCUGCUGAUCUCAAGGAAAAAAAAAAAAACAGGGUAAAAGUUUUAAACUGUUGCCUCAAGUUCA